CCCCUCAACCGGCCUCGCGCGGUGGUUUGCUCCAGCAGCGGCGCUUGCUGGYUCCCAAGCUGCUGGCGGCGGGUAGCGGCGCAGCGGCUCCGGCUGGCAUCCGCAUAGCAGGCUCCGCCGCACGCCGCGAUGUUGGGGUUGCUGGUGGCGUCGCUGGCCCUGGCACUCUCCUUCUUCGCGCUGCUGGAUGGCUGGUACCUGGUGCGCGUGCCGUGCGCUGUGCUGCGCGCGCGCCUGCUGCAGCCGCGCGUCCGCGACCUGCUGGCGGAGCAACGCUAUGCGGGCCGCGUGCUACCUWCGGACUUGGAUCUGCUGCUGCAUAUGAACAACGCGCGCUACCUGCGCGAGGCUGACGUUGCGCGCGCUGCGCACCUGACUCGCUGCGGUGUGCUUGGGGCGCUGCGCGAGUUGGGGGCGCACGCCGUGCUGGCYGCCUCGUGUGCGCGCUACCGCCGCUCGCUGCGCCUGUUUGAGCCCUUCGAGGUGCGCACCCGCCUGCUAGGCUGGGACGACCGCGCCUUCUACUUGGAGGCGCGCUUUGUCAGUCUGCGCGACGGCUUCUUGUGCGCACUGUUGCGUUCCCGGCAGCACGUGCUGGGCACCUCGCCCGAGCGCGUCGUGCAGCACUUGUGCAAGCGCAGGGUGGAGCCCCCCGAGCUGCCAGAGGACCUGCAGCACUGGAUCACCUACAAUGAGGCCAGCAGCCAGCUGCUUCGGGCUGAGAGUGGACUCAGUGAUGUCAUCAAGGACCAGUGACCGCUUCCUCCACUGCCUGCCCAUCAGCUUCCUCCUAGGGGCAGUUGGUUACCUACCCAGCUGGUCAGUUGGCAUUUCCCACAAAAUGGGCAGGCCAGGCUGGGCUUCAGCUGGAGUGACCUUGUGACCACCAUAGUCCCCUUCACCUGCUUGACACCCUCUGCUGGGCCCCAUGCUGGACGCAAUGGAGUGGCAUUGGUGCCUGACCCAGUUUUGCCUGCUAGUUGGGGAUGGAUGGGCAGAGGGGGCCCUGAUCAUCCCUGUAGUAAGGCCACUAUCCCAUAGUUCCAGGUAGGGAUGUACCUGGAGCAGAGGGACAGCAGGAGUGGCCUGAGCAUGGAUCCUGAGCUGAAGCUGUGCUGAGUGAAGCAGGGGCCAGAGCAGUGCUGGGCAUGGGCUCUGCUCCUGGCCCUCUGCAGGGACAGCAUUGUAAGCCUGCUCCCUCUGGCCCCCAGUAAGGCUCGGGCUCAGGAGGGGAGUAGAGUUGGGGUGGUGGUGGAAAGCACUUGGGAGGGAACAUUCCCAGGAUGUUUUCUGGUGGCAGGGAUGCUGUGUAGGCGGGUUGGGCCACCCUUGAGCCCAGGGUCAGGCUGGCAGGGCAGGACUUGUCCAGUUCCUGCAGAACAUGAGACCAGGAGUUGCCCCAAGUUCCCAGCUGGCCUCCCUGCCCUGCUGGCCCAUGAGCCUUGCACCUGCCCCAGAGAACAGAGUCCCCUGGUGCAGAGUUGGUCUCCUGCCUCUCCUUCCAGGCUGUGUUGGAGGGCGGAGCAGGCAACCGGGGUUUGUGGCCCAGAGGUUCCUGGAAGGGUUGCUGGGAGUGUUCUGGUUAGGGAGGGAACAGCUGGGGGUAUUCUGCAAGGGCACCCUCAACUACCUGCACCCAUCCGUACCCACUAGGCCUGUGCUACCUCAGGCUGAAGCCUGCCCUCUGGGCCAACAGCCCCUCUCUCCCCCAAGUGUGCCUGCCCCAUACCCUGCCCCACUCUAAGCGCUGCUCCCUGCAUGGACUGGGGUCAGGGAAGGGUCUUGCAUUCUCUGUGAUAUAGGUCCCUGGGCAGCUGCUCUCAGGCCUUCCUAAGGGACACUGGAAGCUGGCUCAGGCUGCCUACUCCUGCCUAAUCCCUUACCUUACAACRGGGGAAACAGGCCUGGGUCAACCCAGAGCUGCUGAGAAAACCCAGGACCAAGUGGGGCUGGUCCCGAGGCUCUGGCCACAUCUUGUCUAGCUGGGGUACUGAGGCCAGGGGCUCUGGGUGUGGGGAUCUCUGUUUGCCUGCUCCGGGAACCCCCACACCUGCCCUGCCAGCCCAGGGUCAGGACAUCACCUGAAGGCCAGAACUGCCUCCCCCAGGAGCUGCCCUGGACCCUCACCUGCCACCUCCCGCCCCAUGCUGCCCUCCUGGCCAUAGCUGCUCCUUUUUGUCUUAAUUA